AUGAAUAUCAUGUACACAUUUCUAAUAAUAAUUUUUCUUACUGUAUCUGUUAUUCAAACAACGGAUUAUGCUAUUAAUGAUCAACAAAUUUGCACACGAAAUCCAUUUACAGCAAAUUUUAAUCAUAAUUGUUCACGUGCACGAUUAUUACAAACAGUUGAUACUCCGAAUACUAAUGCAAUUAUACAUAUUACUAUUAUUUUUGAUCUAUUAUUAUGUGGUUUCGAUGGAUUGCUCAAUAUUUCUCCAACAGGAAUAUUGAAUACGUCAUUUACUAUUACAAAAUCAGAUCAAUAUGAUCAACUAAUUUAUUUUACAUUUUUUUCAUGGAGUCACCGAUCCAUGUAUAUCAAUAAUAAAACAAACCUAACAUUUAGUGUAUCAACAAUAAAUUCAUAUUUAUAUAAUACAUCAUCUGAACAAUUUAGUCAAACAAUUAAUCCAGUACCCAUUGUUGAGUGUAAUUGUGAUUUGUUAAAUAAAUCUUUGACACCGGAAAAUGUUACUCGUGUAUAUUAUUUAAAUACAGAUGCAAUUAAUCUUAAUAUCGAUUUGUCAACAUCAAGUUAUUAUAUUCCACCAAUGUUUGAUUUUGUUGGUAUAUGUCUUACUACGAAAACAACUUUAAGUACUGGUGGAAAAGUUUUUAUCAUUCUUAUUAGUGUUUUUAGUUUUAUUACAAUAGUUCUUAUUGCUAUCUGUCUAAGAAAACAAUUGAAAGAGUUAUGGCAUAUCAUAAGAAAUCGGCUGAAACAUAAACGUGGUGAGGUUCCCGCACACAGGGUUGAACGUUAA